AUGUUCCACUACGUCAUGGCGUCCCGUCCGUAGAUAUGAUGAACACGGUCCCGUCCGCUCCGUGAAGAUGUCUGCGACGGCUUCAGGCGGCUGUGGACCCGGACCCGGACCCACCCCGGGAUCCGGGUCCGGGGCCUCAAACCCCCGCAAGUUCAGCGAGAAGAUAGCGCUGCACACGCAGCGGCAGGCCGAGGAGACGGCCGCCUUCCAGGAGGUCAUGAUGGACAUCACUUCGACCAGGCUCCAGGCUCAGAAGCUCCGUCUCGCCCGGAGUCAGGGUCCGUACUACGGCGGCUCUUUACCCAACGUCAACCAGAUCGGCAGGAACCCUCAGGACUUCCAGGGCUCCUUCUCCUCCACCCUGGAGUCCAGCCGCUCCACCCGCCACCACGGGCUGGUGGAGCGGGUCCAGAGAGACCGACGCUUCAUCUCCCCGAUGCGUCCGUACCGCAACCGCCAAGUGGAUAACUCCCUGUAUAACUCCGCCUACCUGUCGCCGCCUCCUGACCCCAGCUGGAGAAGGAAUUGGUCUGGAAACUUCCCUGGAGAUAAAAGCCAGUUGUUCCGUCUCCCCACCACCGCCCUCAACAGGACCAACUCUGACUCCGCCCUCCACACCAGCGUAAUGAACCCGCCCACAGGAGACCCCUUCAGCACGGGAGGACCCACCCUCACCCCCCAGGCCUCCAGACGCUCUGGAGAGAAUCAAGCACAUCCCAGGCUCCCACACCUCCUUCCUCCUUCCUCCUCCCUCCUUCCUCCUUCCUCCUCCCUCCUUCCUCCCUUUUUCCCGUCUCAGCUGCCUUUACUGUCGUCGCGGCCGAAGUCGUGUGAGGUUCCUGGAAUCAAUGUCUUUACGUCUCCGGAGCAGCCGUCCAUGCCGACCCACGGCGUCCCCACCGGCCUGAACACCGGCGGCUCGCUGCCCGACCUGUCCAGCCUGCACUUCCCCUCGCCGCUGCCCACGCCGCUGGACCAGGACGAGCCCGGCUACCCAGGAUCCUCUCUGAGCGGCGGCAGCAGCACCGGGAACCUGGCCUCCACCCUCACCCAGCUGGGCAUCAACACCGCCUCCGCCCACGGCCCGGGGGGCAACGGCAGCUUCAACCAUCCCACACCAGGUCUCCUGGCGUCUCUACAGAGCACGCUCAGUAACCCCUCCCUGCAGUCGUCGCUAAGCAACCCCAACAUCCAGUCGUCGCUGAGCAACCACUCCUUCACCAACUCCCUGAGCUCCUCCUCCCUGCACUCGUCGCUAAGCAACCCCUCGCUGCAGUCGUCCCUCGGCUCCUCCCCGUCCCUGCCCUCCUCCCUCAGCAGCCAAUCGCUGCACUCGUCCCUCAGUAACUCCUCCCUCCAGUCGGCGUCCAGCAGCAACCCGGGAUAUGGCGGCGUGGGCGGUGUAUCCAACUCCUGCUCCUCCUCCUCGUCCUCCUCCUCGUCCUCGUCCACCUAUUCACCGUCACUCAGCACGUCGCCACGGAGACGAGCCCAGCUGUCUCCGCUUAUCCUCCCCAUGGGGGGGGAGUCGAGGAGGCAUCACUCCAAACAGUUCUCCCCCACCAUCUCCCCCACGCUGUCCUCCAUCACACAGGGCGUUCCUCUGGACACCAGCAAACUGCCCCAGGACCAGAGGCUGCCCCCCUACCCCCUCAGCCACCAGCCCUGUCUCCCGGGGACCCAGCCUCAGCAGCCCCCCCUACUGGGCCACCAGCAGCUGCACCGCCUCCAACAGCCGAGACCCAACAACCAGCAGCAGCUCCACCUGCAGAACCUCCGCAACCAGCACCACUUUGUUACGCACACCAAGCCGAUGGCGGCACAGGUGAACACAUCGAACGCUCCCGCGAAGAACGAGGGGGGGUUGGAGCAGGUCCAGACGUCCCAUCAGGUCCAGACGUCCCAUCAGGUCCAGACGUCCCCAAUGGUCGGCCACAGCCUGGCCUCAGACUUCUACAGCGAUGCCUUGUUCAACUCUCUGCUGGAGGACCCGUACCUGAGUCUGCAGCUCACAGGGAAAUCCACCCAACAGAUCCAGUUCCCAGCAGAGAACCAGACUGAUGGUCUCUCCCUGAACCACAACGCUCUGAGCUGCACCGGAUCGGACAAGAACCCGUUCCCCUCCAACAGCCAAGGGUCCCUGGAUCUGCAGGAGCCGGGGGACCAGAACCAGAACCAGAACUACGGUGGUGGAGACGGACGACACAACGUGCCCAACAUCAUCCUCACAGGUGACUCCCCCCCAGGUCUGUCCAAAGAGAUCGCCAGCGCCCUGUCCCACGUCCCCGGCUUUGAGAUGGACCCGUUCUCCCUGGACGACCAGCUCCGGAUGGACCCGCUGACCCUGGACAUGCUGGACGGGGACCUGAUGCUGACCGACCCGGCCGUGGAGGACUCCUUCCGGUCUGACCGGCUCAAGUGACCCCCCCUCCCCCGCCUUCCUUCCUUCCGUCCCCCCAUCCUGUCCCUCCGUCCUCUGGGAGGACAGGGGGGUGGACUCUGGACGUCCUGGCCCAGGCGUCUCUGAGAGGACGUGCACUUAAACUGAAAACGCUCCCGUCGCAGGAAUCAAACCAGCAGCUUCAAGAGCUUGAACUGACCCCGCCCCCUGUCCCCGCCCUGUCCCCGCCCCCUCUCCCUGACCCCGCCCCCUGGCCCCGCCCUGCUUCUCUGGCCACUUUAACAGGAUGCUAGCCAUGAUGUAACCUCCUCAGGCCUCUACUAUAUAUGCAGCAGCUUCACGUCCUCGUCCGCGUCAGUUAAACCUUCGUUAAACCUUCGUUAACUCUUCGGUUUAACGAGCUUUAAAGACGAGUUAACGAAGGUUUAACUUCCUUAACGCUGCGUUAACUCUUCGUUAACAGCUUCAGUUUGUGGCAGUAAAAGCUCGAAGGCCAAUCCAGGAGAUUAGUGGAACCUUUUCCUUAACUCUUCGUUAACUCUUCGUUAACUCUUCGUUAACUCCCGGAGUUUAGUGGAACCUCUGGUUACUGACGUCUGUUACAUUUUACUGUCAGACUCUCGUGUUUCUGUUUCGUUCACUUAUUGUUGGUUGGCAGAAACGUGAGGAUGUUAAAGUUUAAAACGUUGAGUCCAGACGAGUUUGUCUGAGCUCGUUCUUUCAUUUCUACCGACUGAAAACCUCCACGGACGCGUUGUUUGUUUCCUCUGAGUCUGAAAUCUUUACAAACUAAGAAGCAGGUCUUUUUACAGCGGCGUGGUCACUGUGAUUGACGGCCUUCGGCCCCGCCCCCUUAGUUUGUAAAUAAGAACGUUAAAGACGCGAGAAGAGAAAUUAAUAUUAAUAAUAAUCUGAAGAACUACUGAUGAACAACGAGAAGAAGAAACAGAAAGUGACAGAAAGAUUUUACAGAGAGAAGAAGAAAAAGAUGAUGUUGAUUGUUGAGUCUGCCGCCCCCUGCCGCCCCCUGCCGCCCCCUGCUGGUCGCUGCUGGUCGCUGCAGGUCGCUGCCGCCCCCUGCAGGUCGCUGCAGGUCGCUGCAGGUCGCUGCAGACUCAGAGUCAGAUUAAACCCUGCUGCUCUGAUGGAGACGGCGUCUCCUCCUUAUUUUAGCUCAUAACUAGACGUAGUUCAGCUUCUUGCUCUCAGGCUGGAGAAACAUUUAAAUUCCAUAAUCACAUUUUUACGUCAUAACCGUUAAUGGACAAACUCUUUUCUUCAGAACAGCACAAGUUAAUAUUUAUUUCUACUUUGUUUUCACAUAAAUCUAUUAACUGACUUCAGUCCUCAUCAUAAAGAAUUAAUUUAAAAGUGGUUAAAAUCUGUCUCCAGCUCUAAUAGACAAACAUUUACAUCUAGUGAUUUAGUGACGUCGUUAAAAGUGAGAAAAGAAUCAGACUUUUAGUUUUUAUCAUUAGGACUGAAGUUAAAUAAAAGGUUUAUGAAAACAAAUAUAUUAACGUGUGUUAUUUUUAUUUUUAUCGUUUUUGAAGACGACACUUUUGUCCCUUGAUAGAAACUAUUUUAAAAGCAGGUGUGAGGUUAAAGAAAAACAUCAAACUACGACGUCUGGAGGAGAUGAGCUUUAAAAGAAGCAUCAGAGUCAGAGGGAGCCAAUCAGGCUGCGUUUCUCCAAUCAGUCAAUCAGU